UUCGGGGAGUUGUCCAACAUGGAGGAGGCACCAGCUGCGGGCGUCACCUGCGAGCGGGACUAACACCCGCCUGGCGUUCCGGGCAGCGGUGCCGGGUCCCGAGCCCUGGGACUCGGCCGCCUGCACGCCCCACGGCGGACCCCGGCUCCGGUUGCUCGUCGGGCCGCGGGCUUCCCGACGGGGACGCAGCGCAAGGAGGGAGCGCAGCGGCCCCGAGUCCCUCUGAGCCAUGGGCAACGAGGCGAGCUUGGAAGGGGAAGGGCUCCCGGAAGGGCUGGCGGCGGCGGCGGCGGCGGCGGCAGCCGGAGGAGGGGCUGGCGGGGCGGGGAGCUCCUUGCACACCGUGAUCCCGGCCGGCAUGGAGGCGGAUCUGAGCCAGCUGAGCGAAGAGGAGAGGAGACAGAUCGCCGCUGUCAUGUCAAGGGCGCAGGGGCUGCCCAAGGGAAGCGUUCCCCCGGCCGCUGCGGAGCCGUCUUCCAUGCACAGGAAACAAGAGUUGGAUAGUAGUCAUCCUCCAAAACAAUCAGGGAAACCGCCGGACCCAGGGCGUUCAGCUCCGCCUGGUCUCAGUAAGAGUAGAACUACAGACACUUUGAGGUCAGAGCAGAAGUUGCCUGGAAGGAGUCCUUCCACUAUUAGCUUGAAAGAAUCAAAGUCCAGAACUGAUCUGAAGGAAGAGCACAAGUCUAGUAUGAUGCCUGGCUUCCUCUCAGAGGUUAACCCUUUAAGUGCUGUCUCCUCGGUUGUAAAUAAAUUUAAUCCUUUUGAUUUGAUAUCAGACACUGAUUCAUCCCAGGAAGAAACUGCCAAGAAACAGAAAAUGGCUCAGAAAGAACAGGGAAAACCCGAAGGAAUCACAAAACCUCCACCACAACAGUCACCUAAGCCAGUUCCUAAGCAGCAAGGACCUGCGAGGGUCCCACUGCAGCAGGAUGGCUCUCCCAGAUCAGUAUCUUCUCAGCAACCAGAGAAGAUUAAAUUACAACCUUCAGGGACAGGAAAGCCAAUUGAGGGGCUUACCCAGGCUCCUCAGACAGACCAGGCACAAUUGCCCCUUCAAAGAGAUGCAACCAGGCCUCAGACAAAGCAGUCAGACACACUAAGGGGAGAAUCAGUUAAACCCUCUUUGCAAAGCCCAUCCAAACCACCUAUUCAGCAGGGAGGUCCUGGAAAACCUCCAGCCCAGCAGCCUGGACCUGAAAAACUUGCUACAGCACAGCCUGGGCCUGCAAAGCCCUUAGCUCAGCAAACAGGGCCAGCGAAGGCCCUAGCUCAACAGCCGGGGACAGCAAAGCCCCCAGCCCAGCCACCAGGGACAACAAAGCCUACUGCUCAGCAGCCUGGGCCAAAGUCUCCAGCUCAGCCUGUUGGGCCUGCGAAGCCUCAAACUCAACAGGCUGGGUCAGACAAACUUCCAUCUCAGCAGCCAGGGCCAGCAAAGCCCCCAGCCCAGCAGCCAGGGACACCAAAAUCUCCAGCUCACCAGCCUGGGUCACAGUCUCCAGCUCAGCCACCUGGGCCUGCAAAGACUCCAUCUCAGCAAGUUGGGGCAACAAAGUCUCUGGGUCAGCAGCCAGGGACAGGAAAAACUCCUGCUCAACAGCCCGGCCCGGCAAAGCCCCCACCUCAACAGCCCGGCCCGGCAAAGCCCCCUCCUCAGCAGCCUGGCCCAGCAAAGCCCCCUCCUCAGCAGCCUGGCCCGGCAAAGCCCCCUCCUCAGCAGCCUGGCCCGGCAAAGCCCCCUCCUCAGCAGCCUGGCCCGGCAAAGCCCCCUCCUCAGCAGCCUGGCCCGGCAAAGCCCCCUCCUCAGCAGCCUGGCCCGGCAAAGCCCCCUCCUCAGCAGCCUGGCCCGGCAAAGCCCCCUCCUCAGCAGCCUGGCCCGGUAAAGCCCCCUCCUCAGCAGCCUGGCCCGGCAAAGCCCCCUUCUCAGCAGCCCGGCCCGGCAAAGCCCCCACCUCAACAGCCAGGCCCGGCAAAGCCCCCUUCUCAGCAGCCCAGCCCAGCAAAGCCCCCACCUCAACAGCCAGGCCCAGCAAAGCCUUCAGCUCAGCCGUCUACAAAACCAGUAAGCCAAACAGAAGCUGGGAAACCUCCUCAGCCAUCCACUGCUCCGUCUGCAGCCCAGACUCCAGGACAAGGCCUCCCUAAAACCAUCUGUCCUCUUUGCAAUACCACUGAACUUCUGUUGCAUGUUCCAGAAAAGGCCAAUUUUAACACAUGCACUGAGUGUCAAACCACUGUGUGUAGCCUGUGUGGUUUUAAUCCCAAUCCUCAUUUAACCGAGAUAAAAGAGUGGCUCUGUUUAAACUGUCAGAUGAAAAGAGCUCUCGGAGGUGACCUGGCUCCAGUUCCCUCAUCACCUCAGCCUAAACCGAAGAUUGCCCCUGUUGGUCCUGCAUCUGCCGUGAGCAAACCAUCCCCACAGCCACAACACACUUCUCCAAAGAAGGAUACUGUACCCAAGCAGGAGAUCUCGAAGGCACCUGAGUCUAAGAGGCCCCCACCUCUAGUGAAACAACCGACCAUUCACGGCUCUCCCCCACUUGCCGCCAGGCAACCUCCAGCGGUGGCGGAGUCUUCGCCCAAGCCAGCCCCUCCCAAAGAGCCCUCGGUUUCCUCUGAGCAGGCCGAGGUCCCCGUGGCUGAUGAUAAACCAAAGCAGCCCAAGACGGGAAAGCCAGCCACAGACGUCGAGUCUUCAUCGUCAGUAGCAGCACAACCUGAUAUUCCAAGCCCCAAAGUACAGUUGGAAGAUCAAGAGAUAAUAGCCCCUCCUCUAAAAACAGACGCUGCCAAACCCUCCCAGAGUUUUCCACCAACGGGAGAAAAAGUCACCCCGUUUGAUUCUAAAGUCAUACCCCGACCUGCAUCAGAUUCAAAAAUUAUUUCACAUCCUGGGCCCAGCCCAGAGGGCAAAGGUCAAAAACAAGCUGAUCCAGUUCAUAAGAGAGAAGAGCCCAAGAAAGCACAAACCAAAAUGAGUCCUAAGCCAGAUGCCAAGCCGAUGCCAAAAGGGUCACCUCCACCCGCAGGCCCACGACCUCCCACUGGCCCAACUGCCCCCACAGCUCAGCAGCCCCCAAAGCCUCAGGAGCAGUCGAGACGUUUCAGUCUGAAUCUGGGAAGUAUUACCGAUGCCCCUAAAUCGCAGCCCACGACUCCUCAAGAAACUGUGACUGGAAAACUCUUUGGGUUUGGAGCAUCAAUCUUCAGCCAGGCAUCAAAUUUAAUCUCCACAGCAGGCCAGCCUGGGUCUCAAUCUCAGAGUGCUCUUGGAGCCCCAACAAAACAGGGCCCUCCUCCUUCACAGCCACCUCCUUCUCAGGGGCCACCCAAAUCCACAGGUCAGGUACCACCGGCACCUGCAAAGGUUGUACCUGUGAAAAAGGAAGCAAAAGCUCCAGUAGUUGAAAAAUUAGAACCCAAAUCUGAACCAGUUCCAACAGUAAAAAGAACAGAAACAGAAAAGAAGCCUCUGCCUGUUAAGGAUAGCAAACCUCUAACAGCUGAGCCUCAAAAGGCUGUCCUUCCCCCCAAAUUGGAGAAAACUCCCAAACCAGAAUCAGCCUGUCCUCUCUGCAAGACUGAACUCAACAUAGGUUCUAAGGAUCCUCCUAACUUCAAUACUUGCACCGAAUGCAAGAAUCAAGUGUGUAAUCUCUGUGGAUUUAACCCUAUGCCACACUUGACUGAGAUUCAAGAAUGGCUUUGUUUAAAUUGCCAAACCCAGAGAGCAAUAUCAGGACAGCUUGGAGAUAUGGGCAAAAUGCCACCUACACCUUCAGCACCAAAAGCCUCUCCUAUGCCUGUCCCUCCAGAACAACCAUCUCAGAAGACAGCAAUGCCUACUCAAGUAAGAGUGAAAAAGAAGGAACAAGAAGUAAAAACAGAAGCUGAACAAAUCAUUCCAGAAAAAGUGAAAGAGAUACCAUCAGUGGAAAAGAUUGUCCCGAAGGGGAUCACAGACCACAAACAAGAGAGUAAACUAGAGAAAACUUCAGCCCCUGAAGACAAAAAGCCACUCCCAGAAGAGAAAAAGCCCCCUCUUGAAGAAAAAAAGCCACCCACUGAAGACAAAAAGUUACCUCCAGGAACAAAAACAGCUCUGGAGGAGGAACAGAAACAAGACUUAGCUAAGACUCAAGUACCAACUGCUGAGGAAAAGCCUGAAGGCAGAGUGACUCCACAGGUUGUACAAGAGAAGCUACCACAGACCAAGAUGGAAGACAAACCCUCUGGCCCACCUCCAAGUUUGUCAAAGGAAGAUGAUGAGGUGCCUCAAAAAAUUAAAGACCAGCCACAGGCAGCACACCCAGCAAAGCCUGAUCAGGUGGAACCUGGGAAAGAAAAAACAGAAAAGGAAGAUGACAAAUCAGACACUUCAAGUUCUCAGCAACCAAAAAGCCCACAAGGUCUGAGUGACACAGGAUAUUCUUCUGAUGGGAUAUCAAGUUCACUUGGUGAAAUUCCAAGUCUUAUUCCAAGUGAUGAAAAAGAUUUGCUCAAGGGACUCAAAAAGGACUCUUUUUCCCAAGAAAGCAGUCCUUCCAGCCCCUCAGAUUUGGCUAAGUUAGAAAGUACGGUCCUCUCCAUUUUGGAAGCUCAGGCAAGUACACUUGUUGAAGAAAAGGCAGAAAAGAAGACUCAACCUCAUGAGGUUUCUUCUGAGCAGCCAAAGGACCCACAGAAAACUCAGAGUUUAUCUGAAACAGUGGAAACUACAAUUUCAGAAGAGGAGCUCAAAAAGAGUCCAGAAGAAAAAGACACUUUAAAAAAAGAUAGCCAACAAGACAUUCCUUCCAGAAAGGACCACGAAGAAAAGUCCGAGUUUGUUGAUGACACAGCUACAAGAAGACAGCUUUAUGAUUCAGUUGAAGACAGUAGUGAAAGUGAAAAUUCACCUGUUCCACAAAGAAAACGGAGAACCAGUGUUGGUUCAUCGAGCAGUGAUGAGUAUAAACAGGAAGAUAGUCAAGGGUCUGGUGAAGAGGAGGACUUUAUUCGAAAACAGAUUAUAGAAAUGAGUGCUGACGAAGAUGCUUCAGCUUCUGAAGAUGAUGAGUUCAUUAGGAGCCAGCUCAAAGAGAUUAGUAGUAGUAUUGAGAGCCAGAAGAAGGAAGACAUGAAAGGAAAAGGGAAAGCAACAGCCGGGAAACACAGGCGACUAACUCGGAAAAGCAGUGCCAGCUUUGAUGAUGAUGCAGGGAGACGCCAUUCGUGGCAUGAUGAAGAUGAUGAGACAUUUGAUGAGAGUCCUGAGCUUAAGUACAGAGAAACUAAAAGUCAAGAGAGUGAAGAACUUGUAGUUGCUGGAGGAGGGGGGCUACGUCGCUUCAAAACCAUUGAACUCAACAGCACAAUAGCAGAUAAAUACUCUGCAGACUCAUCACAGAAAAAAACGGCUUUGUAUUUUGAUGAGGAGCCAGAAUUGGAAAUGGAGAGCUUGACAGACUCCCCAGAAGAUAGGUCAAGAGGGGAAGGGUCUUCUAGUCUUCAUGCUUCCAGCUUCACUCCUGGCACAUCCCCUACCUCAGUGUCGUCUCUUGAUGAGGACAGUGACAGUAGCCCAAGUCACAAAAAAGGAGAGAGCAAACAACAACGUAAGGCUCGCCACAGGUCACAUGGUCCUCUUUUACCUACUAUUGAAGAUUCUUCAGAGGAAGAAGAAUUGAGAGAGGAGGAAGAAUUAUUAAAGGAGCAAGAAAAGCAGCGGGAAUUGGAACAGCAGCAAAGAAAGACUUCUAGUAAGAAAUCAAAGAAAGACAAAGAUGAACUUCGAGCUCAGAGAAGGAGGGAAAGACCAAAGACACCACCCAGUAAUCUCUCUCCCAUUGAAGAUGCAUCUCCAACAGAAGAAUUACGCCAGGCUGCGGAAAUGGAGGAGCUGCAUCGAUCUUCUUGUUCUGAAUACUCACCUAGCAUAGAGUCAGACCCAGAAGGCUUUGAAAUAAGCCCAGAAAAGAUAAUAGAAGUGCAAAAAGUUUAUAAAUUGCCCACAGCUGUGUCUUUAUAUUCACCAACAGAUGAGCAGUCUAUUAUGCAGAAAGAAGGUGGCCAAAAGGCAUUAAAAAGUGCCGAGGAGAUGUAUGAAGAAAUGAUGCACAAAACCCACAAAUAUAAACCUUUUCCAGCUGUACCUGAACGAGAUGAAAUGUUUGAAAAAGAGCCUUUGUAUGGCGGGAUGUUAAUAGAGGAUUAUAUUUAUGAAUCUUUAGUAGAGGACACAUACAAUGGUUCGGUAGAUGGCAGUCUGCUAACAAGGCAAGAAGACGAAAAUGGAUUUAUGCAGCAGAGAGGGAAAGAGCAGAAAAUAAGACUCCCAGAACAGAUUUAUGAAGAUCCUAUGCAAAAAAUAACAGACCUCCAGAAAGAGUUUUAUGAGUUAGAAAGCUUACAUUCUAUUGUGCCUCAAGAAGACAUUGUUUCAAGCUCUUUUAUCAUCCCAGAAAGCCAUGAAAUAGUGGAUCUGGGUAGUAUGGUGACUUCCACCAGUGAAGAAAAAAAAUUAUUAGACGCUGAUGCUGCCUAUGAAGAACUCAUGAAGAGGCAGCAAAUGCAGCUAACACCUGGAUCCAGUCCAACCCAGGCCCCCAUCACAGAUGACAUGAUAGAGUCUACCGUGGACUUUGACAGGGUGCCCGAUGCAUCUUUGACAUCAAGUGUUCUCUCAGGAGCAUCUCUUACAGAUUCGACCAGCAGUGCAACACUCUCUAUCCCAGAUGUCAAAAUAACCCAACAUUUUUCAACAGAAGAAAUUGAGGAUGAAUAUGUAACAGAUUAUACAAGGGAAAUCCAAGAGAUAAUUGCCCAUGAAUCACUGAUUUUGACCUACUCUGAGCCUUCAGAAAGUGCUACAUCCGUCCCACCCUCUGACACACCCUCUCUCACGUCUUCUGUUUCUUCAGUUUGUACCACAGAUAGCUCCUCACCCGUCACUACCUUGGAUAGCAUAACCACAGUUUAUAUGGAACCAGUGGAUGUAGUAACUAAAUUUGAAGAUUCUGAGGGAAUUUCUUCAUCAACAUAUUUUCCGGGCAGCAUUAUAGACUAUCCGGAAGAAAUAAGUGUAUCUUUAGAUCGAGCCACCACACCAGAUGGAAGAACUGGUGCUGAUCAUAUCGUGAUUUCCUUAUCUGAUGUGGAGCCUCCUAUUCUAGAAUCUAUAGGAACUAAACCGGAGGGGCUGAUUGCUGACACUGUUUCCACUGACUUACCUGUAUCUGCAAAAGACACAGUGAAGAAAGCCAAGAAGGACACUGGGAAUGGAAUUAUUCUCGAGGUUCUGGAAGCUUACAGAGAUAAAAGGGAGAAGACUGAGGUUGAACUAACAAAGAUGAGCUUUUCUGAAACUGUGUUUGAUCAACCUCCUUCUUCUGCAGUGGCUCUUCCAGUAGGGGAGCGGGUUUCAGCAACGUGCUUUAUAUCAGGACAGGUCUUUGAUCAAACAAAACCCGCAUCUCCAUUGCCAUCCGGCAGUCCUUCUGUUACCUCUCUUCCAAUUAAAACGCGUCCAUUCUUUAGAAGUUCUUCUUUGGACACAUCAGCACAGCCUCCUCCUCCCCCUCCUCCUCCCCCUCCCCCUCCUCCCCCUCCCCCUCCUCCCCCCCCUCCACCUCUCCCUCCACCAACCUCACCCAAGCCAAUCAUUCAUCCUACAAAAAAGUUAACAAUUACAGCUCCAGAGACUGUAACCACUACAGCUAAACCUCUAGUUGAUGCUGCUACUACAGUAGAGGCUACAGCUAUUCCAAGAAGUAAUGGGUUACCUGUAACAAAAAUAUGUACCACUGCACCUCCUCCUGUUCCUCCUAAGCCAUCUUCCAUCCCAUCUGGACUUGUCUUUACACAUAGACCUGAGCCAAGUAAACCUCCGAUUGCCCCUAAACCAGCAGUCCCUCAGCUUCCAGUAACUACACAAAAAUCAACAGAUACACACCCCAAGCCAACAGGUCUAUCUUUAGCUUCAAACAUGACAUUAAAUUUAGUGACUUCAGCAGAUUAUAAAUUACCUUCCCCUACCUCCCCAGCAUCCCCUCACUCUAACAAGUCCUCACCAAGAUUUUCCAAAUCCCUCAUGGAAACCUACGUGGUUAUCACAUUGCCAUCUGAACCUGGGACUCCAACCGAUUCUUCAACUAGUCAAGCAGUUACCAGUUGGCCCCUGGGAUCACCCCCCAAAGACCUGAUUUCCAUCGAACCAGUGUUUUCUGUAGUUCCUCCUAUGACAACUGCAGGAAUGCCAAGUUCUUCAGAACAGAGCUUGUACAUGUCAGGAGCUUUGGAGACAUUUUCUGCUGUCCCUGUCACAACGUUAUCUUCAUUUCAAGCAGCCCCAACCUCAGUUACACAGUUUUUCACAACUGAAGUUUCCAAGGCUGAGGCUUCAGCAGCCAGAAGUGCACUCACUGGUGUUGGUCUCAGCAGUGUCUCUAUAUCGAUUCCUCCAGAGCCUCUUGCUCUAGAUAACCUACAUUUAGAGAAGCGUCAGCAUAAGGAAAAUGGAAAGUUGCCGCUUGUUGGUGAUGCCAUUGAUUUGCGUACAGUACCAAAAGUAGAAGUUAAAGUAACUGAAAAGUGUAUGGAUCUUUCUGCCUCCACAAUGGAUAUGAAAAGGCAGACCACCACACAUGAAGUCUAUGGGAGACAAAUCAGCGCCGUCCAACCAUCUAUUAUAAAUCUCAGUGCAACUUCAUCAGCAGUAACACCGAUGCCCCUGGUCACUGAGACGGUGACUGUUGUCACGUGCGCAGCUAGUUCAGGUUACACCAUGGGCCCAGAAAGCCUAGUGGGUAUAGAACAUGCAACACCAGCACCCCUCCAGCUUACUACAUCGAAGCAUGCUGAGCCUCCCCCGUACAGGAUACCGAGUGGCCAGGCCUUUCCUGCAGUUAGGGAGGAUGCACCAAUAAACUUAUCUUUAGGUACAUCAGCACACCCAGUGACAUCGGCUGUUACAAAACCUGUUACCGCACCUCCUGUCGGAGUCACAAAUGGAUGGACGGAUAGCGUCACACGCCAGGGAAUGGCUGAUGGGGAAGUAGUAGAUCUCAGUACAACCAAGUCUCACAGAACUGUUGUAACGAUGGAUGAAUCUACUUCCGGUGUGGUGACCAAAAUAGUAGAAGAUGAUGAAAAGCCUGUCGAUCUGACUGCAGGAAGAAGAGCUGUAUGCUGCGAUAUGGUUUACAAGUUACCUUUUGGAAGGAGCUGCACAGCACAGCAGCCCGCAACUACUCUUCCUGAGGAUCGUUUUGGUUAUAGGGAUGACCACUAUCAAUAUGACCGGUCAGGCCCUUCUGGUUAUAGAGGGAUUGGGGGAAUGAAACCUUCCAUGUCUGACACGAAUUUAGCAGAAGCUGGACAUUUUUUCUAUAAAAGUAAGAAUGCUUUUGAUUAUUCUGGAGGAACUGAUACAGCAGUAGAUCUAACUUCAGGGAGAAUUACUGCAGGUGAGGUAAUGGAUUAUUCAAGCAAGACUACAGGUCCAUAUCCAGAAACACGACAAGUCAUUUCAGAAGUUGGGAUUAGUACCCCACAGUAUUCCACAGCGAGAAUGACUCCACCUCCGGGAUCCCAGUAUGGUGUGGGGAGUGUUUUGAGGUCAUCCAAUGGUGUUGUCUAUUCUUCAGUAGCAACUCCGAUUCCCUCCACUUUUGCUAUCACCACACAGCCUGGGUCCAUUUUCAGCACCACGGUGAGGGAUUUGUCUGGCGUGCACACAGCUGACGCGGUGACUUCGCUAUCCGCCCUGCACCAGAGCCAGCCAAUGCCUAGAUCAUAUUUCCUAACAACAGGUGCGUCUGAAACAGACAUUGCAGCAACCGGUAUCGAUAUCAAUGCCAGUUUGCAAACUAUUACAAUGGAAACCCUUACCGCUGAGACAAUAGACUCCGUUCCCACUCUAACCACAGCCUCUGACGUGUUUUCCGAAGUGGUGGGAGACGAAAGUGCUAUUUUAAUUGUCCCCGAAGAAGGCAAACAACAGCAGCAGCUCGACUUGGAGCGUGAGCUCUUGGAACUGGAGAAAAUCAAGCAGCAACGUUUUGCUGAGGAAUUAGAGUGGGAACGUCAGGAGAUUCAAAGGUUCCGAGAACAGGAAAAGAUCAUGGUUCAAAAAAAGCUGGAGGAGCUGCAGUCUAUGAAGCAGCACCUUCUGUAUCAGCAGGAAGAAGAGCGGCAAGCCCAGUUUAUGAUGAGGCAGGAGACAUUAGCUCAGCAGCAGUUACAGCUGGAGCAGAUCCAACAGCUGCAGCAACAGCUUCACCAGCAGCUAGAAGAGCAGAAGAUUCGCCAGAUCUACCAGUAUAACUAUGACCCCUCUGGAACUGCUUCUCCGCAAACCACGACAGAGCAGGCAAUUUUGGAAGGUCAGUACGCUGCCCCAGAAGGCGGCCAGUUUUGGGCAACUGAGGAUGCAACCACCACGGCCUCGGCCGUCGUGGCAAUUGAAAUACCACAGAGCCAAGGAUGGUACACGGUGCAGUCUGAUGGCGUCACUCAGUACAUCGCCCCACCUGGCAUCCUGAGUACGGUUUCAGAAAUACCUCUAACAGAUGUGGUUGUGAAAGAUGAGAAACCAGCCAAAAAGAGAAGUGCUGCGGCUAAAGUCCGUGGACAGUAUGAUGAGCUCGGGGAACAUAUGGCCGAUGAUCCGCGCUGCUUUAAAAAGAUAGUGGACAGUGGCGUUCAAACCGACGACGAGGACGCGGCAGAUCGGAGUUAUGUGAGUAGGAGGAGGAGAACCAAAAAGAGUGUUGAUACGAGUGUCCAAACUGAUGAUGAAGAUCAGGAUGAAUGGGAUGUGCCUGCUAGAGCAAGGAGGAAAGCUCGAGUAGGGAAAUAUGGUGACAGCACUGCAGAGGCUGACAAGACCAAACCCCUUUCCAAAGUCUCCAGCAUAGCAGUUCAAACAGUAGCAGAGAUAUCUGUGCAGACUGAACCAGUCGGAACCAUAAGAACGCCUUCAGUACGGGCACGCGUGGAUGCCAAGGUAGAAAUAAUUAAACACAUUUCAGCACCUGAAAAGACUUACAAAGGGGGCAGUUUAGGAUGUCAAACAGAAGCAGAUUCAGACACACAGAGUCCUCAAUAUCUGAGUGCCACAUCUCCACCCAAAGACAAGAAACGCCCAACACCUUUAGAGAUUGGUUACUCAUCUCACCUUCGGGCAGAUUCCACAUUACAGCUGGCUCCUUCCCCACCCAAAUCUCCAAAAGUCCUUUAUUCACCCAUCUCACCACUUUCACCAGGCAAAGCCUUAGAAUCAGCCUUUGUACCUUAUGAAAAACCCCUCCCUGAUGAUAUAAGUCCGCAGAAAGUACUGCAUCCAGAUAUGGCUAAAGUGCCCCCGGCAAGUCCUAAAACAGCCAAGAUGAUGCAGCGGUCCAUGUCUGACCCCAAGCCUCUGAGUCCAACAGCAGAUGAAAGUUCCAGGGCUCCUUUUCAGUAUACCGAGGGCUACACGACAAAAGGUUCUCAAACCAUGACACCUUCUGGCUCCCAGAAAAAAGUUAAGAGAACUCUGCCAAACCCACCUCCCGAGGAGACCUCCACAGGCACUCAGGCAACAUACAGCACAAUGGGCACAGUUUCCAGGAGAAGGAUUUGCAGAACCAACACAAUGGCACGGGCCAAGAUUCUCCAGGAUAUAGACAGAGAGCUUGAUCUUGUAGAGAGGGAAUCUGCAAAGCUUAGAAAGAAACAAGCAGAACUUGAUGAGGAAGAAAAGGAGAUCGAUGCCAAGUUACGGUACCUGGAAAUGGGAAUUAACAGGAGGAAAGAGGCAUUAUUAAAGGAGAGGGAAAAGAGAGAGCGUGCCUACCUCCAGGGAGUAGCUGAGGAUCGGGAUUAUAUGUCUGACAGUGAGGUGAGCAGCACCCGACCCACCAGAAUAGAAAGUCAGCAUGGCAUAGAGCGACCAAGAACUGCUCCCCAAACUGAAUUUAGUCAGUUUAUACCACCGCAAACCCAAACAGAAUCUCAACUGGUUCCUCCUACGAGUCCUUAUACACAGUACCAGUAUUCUUCCCCUGCUCUUCCUACCCAAGCACCCACCCCAUAUACCCAACAGUCCCAUUUUCAGCAACAGACUUUGUACCAUCAGCAAGUUUCACCUUAUCAGACUCAGCCAACAUUUCAAGCUGUGGCAACAAUGUCCUUCACACCUCAAGCUCAACCUACACCAACCCCACAACCUUCUUACCAGUUACCAUCACAAAUGAUGGUGAUACAGCAGAAGCCAAGGCAAACUACAUUAUAUUUGGAGCCCAAGAUAACUUCAAACUAUGAGGUAAUUCGCAACCAACCCCUGAUGAUAGCACCUGUUUCUACUGAUAAUACGUAUGCUGUUUCCCACCUUGGGAGUAAGUACAAUAGCUUAGACUUGAGAAUAGGAUUGGAGGAAAGAAGUAGUAUGGCAAGCAGUCCAAUAUCAAGCAUAUCUGCAGAUUCUUUCUAUGCAGAUAUUGACCAUCAUACUCCACGAAAUUAUGUCCUAAUUGAUGACAUUGGAGAAAUUACCAAAGGAACAGCAGCAUUAAGCACUGCAUUUAGCCUUCAUGAAAAGGAUCUGUCAAAAACAGACCGUCUCCUUCGAUCCACUGAAACACGUAGGUCUCAAGAAGUGACAGAUUUCCUGGCACCAUUACAGACUUCCUCCAGAUUGCAUAGUUACGUGAAAGCAGAGGAAGAUCCCAUGGAGGAUCCGUAUGAGUUAAAGCUUCUGAAACAUCAGAUUAAACAAGAAUUCCGUAGAGGAGCAGAGAGCUUAGAUCACCUUGCUGGUCUUUCCCAUUACUACCAUGCUGAUACUGGCUAUAGACAUUUUCCAAAAUCCGAAAAGUACAGCAUCAGUAGACUCACACUUGAAAAACAAGCAGCAAAACAACUACCAGCAGCCAUACUUUAUCAAAAGCAGUCAAAGCAUAAGAAAUCACUAAUUGAUCCCAAAAUGUCAAAAUUUUCUCCCAUUCAAGAAAGUAGAGACCUUGAACCUGACUAUACAAGCUAUAUGACUUCUAGCACCUCAUCUAUUGGCGGCAUUUCUUCCAGAGCAAGGCUUCUUCAAGAUGAUAUCGCUUUUGGACUCAGAAAAAAUAUUACAGACCAACAGAAGUUUAUGGGCUCAUCCCUUGGAACAGGACUGGGCACAUUGGGAAAUACCCUACGUUCAGCUUUGCAGGAUGAAGCAGAUAAGCCAUAUAGUAGUGGCAGCAGGUCCAGACCUUCUUCCAGACCUUCGUCUGUCUAUGGGCUUGAUUUAUCAAUUAAAAGAGAUUCUUCCAGCUCCUCCCUAAGACUGAAAGCUCAAGAGGCUGAAGCUCUAGAUGUUUCCUUUAGUCAUGCUUCACCUUCUGGCCGAACUAAGCCUACCAGUUUACCAAUUAGCCAGAGUAGAGGAAGAAUACCAAUUGUGGCCCAGAAUUCUGAAGAGGAAAGUCCACUCAGUCCUGUUGGCCAGCCAAUGGGAAUGGCCAGGGCUGCAGCUGGGCCCCUGCCACCAAUAUCUGCAGACACUAGGGAUCAGUUUGGAUCAAGUCAUUCAUUGCCUGAAGUUCAGCAACACAUGAGAGAAGAAUCACGAACUAGAGGCUAUGACCGUGACAUAGCGUUCAUCAUGGAUGACUUCCAACAUGCCAUGUCAGACAGUGAAGCCUAUCAUCUGCGUCGUGAAGAAACAGAUUGGUUUGACAAACCCAGGGAGUCUCGUUUGGAAAAUGGACAUGGUCUGGAUCGCAAACUGCCAGAAAGAUUGGUCCACUCUAGACCACUUAGUCAACAUCAAGAGCAAAUUAUACAGAUGAACGGGAAGACUGUGCACUACAUCUUUCCUCAUGCAAGGAUAAAAAUAACAAGAGACUCUAAGGAUCACACGGUUUCAGGUAAUGGAUUAGGAAUUAGAAUUGUGGGUGGUAAAGAAAUCCCUGGACACAAUGGAGAAAUUGGAGCCUAUAUUGCCAAAAUUCUUCCUGGAGGAAGUGCAGAACAGACAGGAAAACUUAUGGAAGGGAUGCAAGUGUUGGAAUGGAAUGGAAUUCCUUUAACUUCUAAAACAUAUGAAGAAGUGCAGAGUAUCAUUGGUCAGCAAAGUGGGGAAGCAGAAAUAUGUGUAAGACUGGACCUCAAUAUGCUAUCAGACUCUGAAAAUCCCCAGCACCUGGAGCUUCAUGAGCCACCGAAAGCUGUGGAGAAAGCAAAAUCCCCAGGGGUUGAUCCUAAGCAGUUGGCAGCAGAGCUCCAGAAGGUCUCAUUACAGCAGUCACCACUGGUUCUGUCGUCCGUUGUUGAGAAAGGAUCUCACGUUCAUUCAGGUCCAACAUCAGCAGGAUCCAGUUCCGUCCCCAGCCCUGGGCAACCGGGGUCACCCUCAGUGAGCAAAAAGAAACACGGCAGCAGCAAGCCUACUGAUGCAGCCAAGGUUGUCUCUCAUCCAAUUACAGGGGAAAUUCAGCUUCAAAUCAACUAUGAUCUUGGAAAUCUCAUAAUCCAUAUUCUCCAAGCAAGAAACCUUGUCCCUCGAGACAACAACGGUUAUUCGGACCCCUUUGUUAAAGUGUACCUUCUUCCUGGGAGAGGUGCUGAGUACAAGAGGAGGACUAAAUAUGUUCAAAAAAGUCUUAAUCCUGAAUGGAAUCAAACAGUAAUUUAUAAAAGUAUCUCCAUGGAACAGCUCAAGAAGAAAACACUGGAGGUGACCGUCUGGGAUUAUGAUAGAUUUUCUUCCAAUGACUUUCUUGGUGAGGUACUGAUUGAUUUAUCUAGCACAUCUCACCUCGAUAACACUCCUAGAUGGUAUUCUCUCAAAGAACAGACUGAAAGCCUCGAUCAUGGCAAGUCUCAUUCCAGUCAGGGCAGCCAGCAGCCUCCAAAGCCAUCUGUCAUCAAAAGCAGAAGCCAUGGUAUCUUCCCUGACCCAUCCAAGGACAUGCAGGUUCCCACCAUUGAGAAAUCCCACAGUAGUCCUGGUAGCUCGAAAUCCUCCUCCGAAGGUCACCUCCGCUCUCACGGACCAUCUCGCAGCCAGAGCAAAACCAGCGUCACCCAGACCCACCUGGAAGAUGCAGGGGCUGCCAUAGCCGCUGCCGAAGCCGCAGUGCAACAGCUCCGCCUGCAACCAACCAAUGGCAACCAAGACCAAAGCCAGCUAGCCCUCAGGAAGGUGAUGUCUGAUGGACCAGUCAAGCCAGAAGGAGCAAAGCCUACCAAUCACCGCCCCGCAGAAAGCUCCGUGUCUACCGGCUCCUCGGGCAGCAGCUUUGGCAGCGGGUACAGCGUGGACAGUGAAGGAAGCAGCGGCACUGCAGGGGAGACUAAUCUAUUUCCUAUUCCAAGGAUAGGGAAGAUGGGGCAGAAUGGGCAAGAGCCUGUAAAACAGCCAGGGGUAGGAGUGGGACUAACAGACGCUGAAGUCAAAACUCAGGUAAUGGGAGAAAUCAAGAUUGCACUGAAGAAGGAAAUGAAGACAGAUGGUGAACAACUGAUAGUUGAGAUUCUCCAAUGCAGAAAUAUCACCUACAAAUUUAAGUCUCCUGAUCACUUACCAGAUUUAUAUGUAAAAAUAUAUGUGAUGAACAUCUCUACCCAGAAGAAAGUGAUCAAGAAAAAAACGAGAGUUUGCAGACAUGAUAGAGAGCCUUCAUUCAAUGAAACUUUUAGAUUCAGCCUCAGUCCUGCUGGGCAUUCUCUUCAGAUUUUACUUUUCUCUAAUGGAGGGAAGUUUAUGAAAAAGACCUUGAUUGGCGAAGCCUGUAUCUGGCUUGACAAAGUGGAUCUGAGAAAAAGAAUAGUCAACUGGCACAAACUUUUGGUCAGUCCUACUCAAACCCAUUGAAGAAAUGUGUCUGCUCAGGGUAUGGAAACUGUUCUAAAUGAUCUCAAAUCAAGACAACAGUUGGAUACUAUUCUAUUCACGUUUUGGGGGAUAAACGUGAAAGGAGGAACGGCACGCAAAAACAAAGUCUUGUAAAUGUUUUGUUGUGGAACACAGUAAAAAACUCAGAUGAAGAAGUUCCUGUUUUAGGGACCAAAAAAAAAAAAAAAAAGGAUUGCGUGUGGCUGUCAAGACAAACAGUGAGAGCUAUCUUGGUUACCUAAUGCAGAUCAAUGGUGAUUUUGAGCAGAGUUGCCCUAUAGCUAAAGGCAAAUGCUCAACUAUUAAUAUGGUUUCUAAUGCAGAGUUUAUUCUUUAUGCAAAAGAAUCUUGGUUGAAAGGAAAGAACUGACGUAACAAAUCACAAUUUUCAGACGUCUACAAAUCUUUCUUCUUCAUCUUAUUUUCUCCGACAACUUACUGUGUUUAUAUUCCAACACAGGACUCAACUACAGGAUGUGUUCAAGACUAAGAGGGAGGUGGUUGUGUUCAUAAGGAAAAGGUACUGGAGAUGGGGAAAUGAUGGCUUUUAGAUUUUCUCUAUGUCUAAAUGUUACAAGCGUGAACAACACCAACUUUGGAAUUCAUGUUGUAAAAGCACAUUUGUAUAAUUUGAAAUAAUGUAGAGUGAAGAUAAUACUAAGUAGAAAUGGACCUAUGUUUAUUUAGAAAUAAAGCCAUUGAUUGGCUAACAAUGAAUGUUGCCCCACAAAAAUAUUGGAACCUUGGUUGAAAACAUCAAAAUCUCCAUAACUUACCAUUACAUUUUCAACAUACCAAAGAACAUAGACUAAAAUGGUAUGUUCUAGGAAGCAUGAUAAGUUGUUCUUUGUGCAAGUGCAAAUAAAUGUGUCAUUCCACGUAUUUCCUUUCUCUUGAGUGAUGUAUUGAAGGAGGAUAAAUUCUUCCUCUGGAAAACACAUCCUAUUAAUCUGUGACACCAAUUCUUUAAUUGGAGUCAUUUCCUGUUCUUCCAUAAUGCUUUUUUUUUUCCCUUAGCGCAUUAACUGAUUGCACAAUGACACCAAACUUAA